AUGGACGCCUCCUCCCUCCGCAUCUCCAAGUUCGAUGGAACUAACUUCCACGCCUGGAAGUUCAAGAUGCAGAUGGUGCUGGAGGAACGGGACCUAUGGGAGGUCGUCAGCGGUGAGAUCAAGGCGGAACAGUGCGAGACUCAGUUGGACCAAGCGACGUACAAGAGGAAGUCAAGAAAGGCAAUGGCAGUGAUCUGUCUAGCCAUGGAAGAUUCCCAGCUACCGUUGGUCCGGUCGGCAAGUGGUGCAUGCGACGCAUGGUCAAGGUUGGAAGACCACUUCGAGAAGAAGAGUCUUGCCAACAAGCUGUUCUUGCGCCGUCGCUUCUUCACGACAAUGAUGGAAGAAGGCGACGAUGUGCUAGAACACAUCAACAAGCUCAAGACGCUGGCGGAACAGCUAGAAGCGGUGGGGGGCUCCACUUUGGAGUCGCGCUCAGACACUCUUAGCUGGGAGCUCGUGACGUCUCGACUGCUUCAUGAAGAAAUGAAGCGGAAGGAGCAAGGAAGUAAAGGUGAUGAAGCUUCGCAAGGUCAAGCGUUCAUCACAAGGGACAAUCAGCGCAAAGGGCGACCAGUGAAGAAGUCCUGGCCGUGCCACAAUUGCGGAAAGAUUGGUCACUGGAUGGCGGAGUGUCCCUCGCGCAUCCAAGAAAACACGGAGAGACACCGGCCACAGCGUGCUCAAGACAGCGGCGACCGCUAUCGAUCACAACGUGCAAACGUCGCUCAAGAAGAAGACUCGGGCGACUACCUCUUUUCGAUCGGUGAAACGACAUCUGCGAAAUCGAGCGACAUCUGGCUGGUCGACUCCGGGGCGACGCAGCACAUGACGCGCUCCAAGAAGUUCAUGCGGAACUACAAGGGGUUUGACGCUGUGGAUGUCCAUCUCGCGGAUGAUGGAAUCGUCCAAGCAAUCGGCAGUGGGGACAUUGUCAUGUCGAUGAAGACACCCCAAGGGAUGAAGAAAGGUGUGCUCACAAACGUGUGGCACAUCCCAAAGUUAUCCAGAAACCUGUUCUCGGUCGGCCGCUUCACCAAGGAUGUCGGCCCAGUGACGUUCACGAAGGAUGGGUGCUAUGGAGAAGCGAAAGGGACCAAGUGGAAAAUUGGUGCCCGUGAAGGUAAAGAACUGUUCAAGCUGCAAAUGACUCCAGUGGCGCCGGAACAAGCAAAUGCAGCCAAGUCGUCGGGAUGUCAAGGGGGCACCAAGUCGUACCUCUGGCACCUUCGGCUUGGCCACAUAGGUCAUGAUGGACUCAAUUGCAUCGUGACGAAGAACAUUGGAAUUGGCAUCGACAUAUCUUCGGUGAAGAAGUGGGACGUGUGUGAAGGUUGUGCUCUGGGAAAACAGACUCGAGUGCGCUUCCAAUCAAACACUACAGCUCGCACCUCCAAACUCCUCGAAGUGAUUCACAGCGACGUAUGCGGACCGAUGUCGAUGGCAACUUUCAGUGGAAAACGGUACUUCGUGACAUUCAUCGAUGACAAGUCAAGAUACUGUGUCGUCUAUCUGCUCAAGAGCAAAUCUGAAGUUGCGGCGAAGUUCAUGGAAUACGCUGCGAUGGCCGAAACGCAAACCGGAAAGCGCGUGAAGUACCUUCAAAGCGACAAUGGGGGUGAAUACAAGUCCGACAAGCUGGCACGAUUCUGCGCGGAACGGGGAAUACAACAAAGGUUCACACCCCCAUAUACUCCUCAGCUAAACGGAGUAGCUGAGAGAAUGAAUCGCACGCUGGUCGAGUGUGCGCGUUGCAUGAUGAGCGGAGGAUGCAUCAGCUGGAAAAGCCAGAAACAACGGACGGUCGCGCUAUCUUCAACAGAAGCAGAAUACAUGGCGCUUUCCGAAGCAACCAAAGAAGCAGUAUGGCUCAAAGUGCUUUUGGGGGAACUUGGUGAGAUGACAAGCGACGAAGCGAUCAAGAUGUAUGAAGACAACCAAGGAUCAAUCGCUCUCGCCAAGAACCCGGAGUUCCAUAAGAGAACAAAACACAUCGACAUACGCUACCAUUUUGUGCGUGAGAAGGUGGAAUCAGGUGAAGUCGUUUUGGAGUAUUGCCCGACUCAAGAUAUGCUGGCAGACAUGAUGACCAAGCCGAUCGCCGCUGUACAAUUUGAAAACAUUCGCGAUCGACUUGGGAUCCAAGGUGCCGCAGCUAACGAGUCGAGAGGGAGUGUUGAAAAGACAGCGGCUGUGAAGAAGACACCUCGUCAAGCUGCGUCAAGUGUUGAAGCAAGUGGAAGACCAAGCUUCGCUAUACCGGUGGGUACCGGUAUGUACCAGUAA